CACACAGUCGCUCAAUUCCCUGUUUCACCAGGCACAUGUUUUACCCGGAUCCUGGAUUCGAGAGAUCUGAUUGGCUGUAAUCUACACGAACUGACCGAACUGGUGGGACGGUAGAACUCGGUCCGAGAACAGACAGCCUCAGGCAAAUCUCUCGCCUCCUAAAGAUACUGCGACAACGACGACAACGAUAGCGCUGGCGAGAAAUCGACCGAACAAGAGUACCUCGCUACGACCGAAUAAGAGUGCCUCGCUACCACCGCGAAGCGACCGAAGCGGGACCGCGGCUGUGCAUCAAGGCAGUAUACUAUAAGGCGGAAGCUUCGCUCGCACUUUCUGCCAACACAUAUCUUUCACAAUCUCUGUCAAUUGACCUCCUCUUUGGCCUCACAAAUUGGAAGAUUUUGUCAAGAUGGUCGGCACAGAGGAGCUCACGGCAUUGACCUUCCCAUUCAAGAACCCAAAGUUCAUCUUCUUCACGGACUUCGAUGGCACAAUCACGUUGCAGGACAGCAAUGAUUACAUGACAGAUACCAUAGGCUUCGGUGGCGAGAAGAGACGCCAAGGCAACAGAGAUGUUCUCGAGGGCAAGGACUCAUUCAGGGAAUCUUUCCGCAAGAUGUUGGACUCGGUCACGAUGCCGUUCCCACAAUGUAUCGACUUCCACGUUCAGAACAUCAAGCUGGAUCCCGGUUUCAGCGAGUACUUCCAGUGGGCCCUUUCGCAGAACAUUCCGACUGUCGUCGUGAGUUCUGGUAUGGAACCUAUCAUUCGUGCUAUCUUGAAAAAUUUGAUUGGCCCAGAUCAUGAGAAGCUCGACAUUAUUUCCAACCAUGUUGAGGCAAGGCCCGGAAAGACGAUCGACCAGGAGGGCGGGUGGCAGAUUAAGUAUCAUGAUGACAGUGGCUUUGGACACGACAAGUCUUUGACUCUCCGACCCUACGCCAACCUUCCAGCGGAUAAGCGACCAACACUAUUCUAUGCAGGCGAUGGCGUCUCCGAUCUUUCUGCUGCACGCGAGACAGACUUGCUUUUUGCCAAGAAGGGUCAUGACUUGAUCCGCUACUGCGUCAAGGAGGACAUUCCGUUCACUGUAUUUGAGGAUUGGACAGACAUUCUCAAGGUCGUCAAGCAGAUCGUCGCGGGCGAGAAAUCUGUUCAUGAUGCUGCCAAGGAGGGCUACGAGACCUACAAAAAGGGCGAGGCUGGCGUUGCCGUCAAUGGAGCAGCCAAAUAG